AUGGACAGACUUGACGAAGAGAACGCCGAUCUAGAGUUUUUGGAGGAGAAUCUCCGAAGAACAAACAUCUUGACUGAAAAAAUGUGUUUUGGUAAAGAUAUUGACAAGACGCGUUAUGCAUUAAGUGAAAUUAUUGAAUAUUUUGAUCUCGUCGAGAGGGAAGAGCAAGCGAUAAAGAGAGGGCCGGAGGAGAAUCUAGAGGCGUACCUCAACUCGGUCGGCAAGUGUAAGAGGGCAAUGGAAAUAUUAACCGGUACACGUUUGAGAGCUGGCGAGAAAGCCAUGGGUCAGUUGAAACAAUUAUUAAAGGCAGCGAUGCUACAAUUAGAAGAACUGUUUCGCGAACGUCUCACAAAAUGGAGUGAUCCCAUAGAACCGCUUGCAUAUAUUGUAAAAAAUCGUGAGAUGCCGGUAAUACCUACGGCACCAUUGGAAGAACUUGCCAGGCUUUCUUCGUACCUUGCAGGCUCGGAUAUGGAGCUCGGAUAUUCGAGUGACUUUGUUAGAGUAUAUGUAGACGUGAGGUCUGCAUACCUGCAAAAGUCAUUGACAUCUUUGGCACAAGGAUCAAUUAACACGGCUGAAAAGAGAAACACAACAGUAUACGAAAAGGGCACUUGCGGAUUCAUUUCAUAUGUCGAGGCCUUGCUCAGAAUGUUUGAGACAGAAUAUGGGAUAGCGUCAAAUAUUCUUCCGUCUGCUUUUGUUGCAGCAGGCUUUCGCGGUGCGAUACAACGGGCCCUUGACUCGUUUGUAGAAGUUGGAAAAACUCUGACGAGUAGGGUCAAGAAAAAUAUGUCUACAGAUGUCUUUUUGGCUUUUGAUAUGUUGGAAACUUUGACUAAAAACCAACCUGCAUUCGAUGAGCUGUUCAGGCUCACCGGAAACAAAGAUGUUGGCUAUGGAGAACUCGCGCAUUCCAUACGUGGAAUCACAAUGCGGUCGUUUGCCGAUUUCAUAGACGAGAUUAAGAAUCCUCCUACGAAACUCUUGGGUGUGCCCGUUGAUGGGACGGUGCAUGAAAUCACAAUAACGACAUUACAACAUAUGAAACGCUUGGAAGACUAUCCAGAGACUGUGGACGCGAUGCUUGCAACAUUAGGAGACGGUAACUGGCAUGUCUCGGAUAAAGAGGCGAAUUUCACGCGGGACAGAACAGCGGCUGGGAGUACGAUUGUGCGGCGCUAUUUUGCUGAUUGUCUCGAUGCACUCGCAACCGGUCUCGAAAAUAGAGCCAAGGCCUACAAGAAAUCUGCAUUGACUUACAUAUUCCUCCUCAAUAAUUACCAUUACAUUCUCAAGUCGAUACGUACUCAGUAUGUGCCCCUACUGGAUAAAGAGAUGGAAACAAAGUUUGAAAAAGCAGUGAAGAAAAACAACGAUUCCUAUCAAGACACGUGGAAAGUAUGUUUCGGCUUUCUUAUGGAUUUCACAUAUGUACGAGGUGGAGCGCUGAAAUCCUCAGUUGGAUCAGAUAAGCAAUCUGUAAAAGAACGAUUCAAAAACUUUAACAACGAAUUUGAUGAAUUAUAUAAAUACCACAAGACCUUUGCUGUACCUGAUCCUGAGUUACGCAAUAAGGUUAUAAACGACAUUAGAGCUGUAUUACUUCCAAUGUACAACAGAUUCUUGGAGAGGUAA